AUGACAGAUUUAGAUAUUCUUCGGAAAGAUCAACUCGAAAUCCGUCUGCACAAUGAGAAGAGGCUGAUUCACGAAGGCGCCCUCAAGGAUGAGAACCCGUUGGAUUUCAGCGAAGGCUUCCGACAGCUCUGUGAGGCUUGUCGGAAAGGCGACUUGAAGGUCUGUCAAGAGAAGAUCUCAGAGGGUGUCAAUAUCAAUGCGCGGGAUAGCUAUGAUUAUACACCUCUCAUUCUGGCAAGUCUCUGUGGGCAUUUCGAAGUCGUGCAACUUCUUUUAGAAUCCGGCGCAUUGUGUGAACGAGACACAUUUCAAGGUGAACGAUGUCUUUACAACGCCCUAAACGACCGUAUAAGAAACCUACUCCUCAAGUAUGACUACUCGAAAUCCACCGACCCUCUUCAGCCUUUCGCCGCACACGUAUCAUCCCUCCUGACUAGAGAUCAUCCGGUAACGUGGGAUAUCGUCGUUACCGACGGAGACGAAUCCUUGUUCCUCCACAAGUUCAUUCUUUCGGCGCGCUCGCCGUACUUCCAGAAGAAGCUUGCAGCUGCUCCUGAUUCGACAUCCUGGAAGCUUCCCAACACACUCCCACCAGCAGCUUUUGCUGCCGCAAUAAGAUACAUCUAUCUCGGCGACUCUCCGAGAGAGUUGCGCGCCGGCCCGGGGACCGGUUUCACAGAGUCCGAGGUUGUGGCUGGCGUUGAUCGAAUCGGAAGACAUCUCGAGAUUCCAAAUCUAUUGGACAUUGUUCUAGAAAGCGGCGACAGGCGAUUAGCUCGCCAGAGACGAACAGACGAGCUAGCCCGAGGAAGAGAUCAAUUCGAAUCUUGGUUUGAGAACAACAUUAUUGGCCAUAAGGUCGUUGUUGAAACAGCAAAAGCAAAAGACGUAAAAUGGGAUCGCAGCAAUGGAAUAUUUGCCGACGUCCUUCUUCGAGCCGACGAGCUUCCUGGAGAGGGCGAUCCGACUAUAGAGACAAAUGAAGAGAGCCGCAGCUCUAUCCCCGUGGGCCCUGGAGGCGGAAGCUCGAUAAACCAAAAGAACCAUGUGGCACCCAAGCAGAGAUCUGUAUUAUAUCCUGCCCACCGAGCGAUGUUGCUGAGAUCGGAAUUCUUCAGCGCUAUGUUCUCAUCGACAUUUAAAGAAGCUCAGGUUACAGAGCAUCUCAAUAUAAUAAGCGUCGACUGCUCACCAGAAGUGCUUGAGAUAGUCUUGAGAUUCUUCUACACCGAAAAAGCAGAUUUUCCGCUAGAUAUUGCGGUAGACGUGCUCUUUGCAGCCGAUCUGUUGUUUAUUGAAAAACUCAAAACCAAAGCUGCCGUGCUUAUUAGCAGUCUAGGUAGCGCCAACAUGUCACAAGCACAAGCCUCCAAGACUCGACCGGCGCGACAAAACGGACAAAGGCCUGACGAAAAAGCCGAGGAAGAUGAGAUCGAUAUCUACGAAAUCAUUCGAGCCGGCUGGAUUACUCGGGUACAACGACUUGAGGAGUUUGGCGCGCGAUAUCUCGCUUAUCGAUUGGAGGAGCAUGUCGAUACUGAAGAUUUCGCAGAACUGAUCAAGGAAUCCGCUGGACGAAUUCAAAAGCGUCAGGAAACGGAUUCCAUUGAAUUACUCGACGACAUCCGUUUCUAUCUCAGCGAGCGCUUCCGACUUCGAUUCGACGACGUCGGUCUGGAGGAAAUGAUUGAGGAGAACGAACCACAAAAUUGGUUCCCUCCUGAGGCACAACAAAACGGCGAUCAAGCCGCCGUCACAGAGGAUAUGGCCAAACUGAAUAUCUCUACCGAACAAAUUAAACCGGAUGAAGUUGUUCCGGCUGCCUUGAAUCCGACUGCAGAUCACGUUGCGAUUAUCAGGACGUUGGAUGGCGCUAUCGUUGAAGACGAAUUCGAUCAAGAUGCGAUGAAUUAUAGAAUUCUGCUAGAUAAGCUGGAUCGACUACUGGAGCGACUCAACUUGGAUGCAUAG